CACACGCCGCACGCACCCCCGCGCGCGCACCCGCCCGCCGCUGCGCCCUCCAUCCCGGCUCGCGCGCUCUCCCGCCCUCCCGCCUCCCCUGCGGUCUCUCGCUCUGCGCGCACACAUCGCACACACGCACACGCACACGCACACACACACGCGCACACACGCAGCCGGCACAGGCGGCGGCGGCGGCGGCGGCUGCCCAAGUCAGGACGAGCCUCUCCAGGUACCGUCUUGAGCAGGAGGCGGCGGCGGCGGCGGCGGCGGCGGCGGCGGCGGCAGCCCGAGCAUCACUCCGCCCGAGAGGCAGCGCCGCCAGAGUUUCCGUUCCUUUGGCCGUUCCCUUCCCCUCCUUUUCUUUAUUUUUCGAGAGGAUUUCUUCUUCGCUUAUUGGUUUGAUUUGAUUAAAAAAAAUUUUUUUUCUGAGUGCCCUCCCCUAACCCCCCCAACCCCCCCCCCCCCCCAUUUCCUCCUCAUUUUAUUUGCAUCCAGAGCAUGGCGGGCUGCGGGCUGUCGGAAGACACCUUCUUCUCUUCCUUCUUUCCCAACUACGGCUCCUCCUGGGAAACCCCUUCCAGCCAGCACCAGCUCUCCAGUCUCCAGGGUCUGUCGCGUCCCUCCGGUGCCCAAUCUGCCACCGACACCUACCCCGCCCCCACCUCCCAGCCCAGCGGGAACCCAAGAAAAGAAGCUGGAGCCGGCACGUUACCCCCCGAACAACUCCGGGCAAAACCGAGGAACUCGAGCGCAACCUUCCCCAAGUCGCCGCGGGCGCCGCGCCCCUGCGCGCCCGGCGCCCGCCAGCCCUCCCGCCCUCCGGUUGCGCCGAGGGGCUGCGGGGCCGCGAGCCCCCCGCGAUGGGCUCUUUCUCCUCCUCCGCUCCCCCCGGGCCCGGAGCCACCUCUUCCCCUAAAAUGGCUGCAAUCUCAAGUGGAGGCGUCCCCUGACCCCGCGGGGGGGGGGAAGGGGGCAGAGGGGAUGCUCCGGUGCCCAGAACCCCUCGCCUCCCUCGGCGCGCACAGACACCCCACCACCACACACACUUAACUUUGAUGACUGUGCAAUGCAGUCUGGCUGCAUCGUGCCCUCCACACUCCCCCCCGCCGCCGGCCUCUAGGUGUGCAUG